AUGGGCGUCCUCAUCCAUGAUGACGCCGUGGGAUUCCGCGAAAUUGUUUCUUGGGAGUACGAGGACACAGAAGCGGCAAAGCAAGCGAAAACGAGGACGUGUGUGGCGGACCAGCCAAUCAUGUCCGAUGUCUCUGCGGCCCCUGUCCGGAUGGACGACACGCUGAAGGAGAACCAGGAGCACCGAACUUUGCUGAUGGUGGCGAUGAUUCUGUUGGACUUGAACAAAUGUCGGCCCGGCGGCGUGGAGGAGAAAGAGAAGCCGGCCGAAAGCAAGAGGAGGGUGGACGAAUCGCAUGGGUCUUCCGAGAAGAGGCACCGGUGCCCCUUUACCGGUUGUGGCAAGAUGUACGGAAAGUCGUCCCACCUUAAGGCACACCUAAGAGUGCAUACCGGUGAGCGUCCGUUCGAAUGCACCUGGCCGGCCUGCGGCAAGAAGUUCUCUCGGUCGGACGAGCUGACCCGCCACUACCGCACACACACGGGCGAGAAGCGCUUUACCUGCCCGCUCUGCGAUAAGUGUUUCAUGAGGAGUGACCACCUGACCAAGCACGCCCGCCGCCACGCCGGCUUCCACCCCAGCAUGCUGCAAGGCGCCGCCAAGAGACGCCGCUGUUCCGUCUCAGUGUCCUCGUCCGACUCUGGAGACCGAAGCCCUCAGGGGUUGUAA